AUGAACUCAUUACAAAUGGAUUUACCACCGUUCCCUGAAACACCAAGAAAAUUAAAAAGAUCUAGAAAUAUAUUAAAUUCUCCCUCAAAAUAUGAUGAUGAGAAUGACCAUUCUCCAUUGAGGUCUUUAAGUGAUAACACCAUUCAAAAUAGAAUUGGAACUGAAAAAAGAUUAUUAAGGUCAUCAACAAAACUUCAAUUACCAUCUCCAGAAAAUUCUCCUCAAAAGAAAAGACAAAAAAAAAUACUCACAGAAUUAUCUUCAAAUAAAUUAACCUUUGGGAAACAAUCGCUUUAUGCUCGUACAAAGAGUCUUUUACAAAGAUCUUCUUCUGUAAUACCAAAUGAAUCAGGUGCUCUUUUAACAAGAGAAAUUCAAUGUUCACAAAUUUUAAAUUUCUUAGAUGAAAAUAUUAUAAAUCAUAAAAGUAAUUCGUUGUAUAUUACAGGCCCACCGGGAACAGGGAAAAGUGCACAACUAGAAUUAUUAUUAAAAUAUAAAUUUUUACCAAUAGAUUUAAAUCAAUCUCAUAUUAAAACACAUAACCCAAAUCUUGUAAAUAAUAAUUAUUAUCAACCAAUGUCAUUAAAGGCUCGUACUGAAAAUAUUAACGUUUCAUCAAUUAAUUGUAUUGCUAUUAAAGAACCAUCCCAAAUCUUCCAAAGGAUAUACGAAUCAUUUGUCACAAAAGAAUAUGAAUCACAACAUAAAACUGUUAAGACAAUGUUACAUUUACAACAAUUUAUGCAAAAAUAUUCAAAGGAAACUACAUUUGUUAUCAUCUUAGAUGAAAUGGAUAAAUUAGUUCGUUUAACUACAAAUGAUACCCAUGCUACAAGAAUAAUCUUUGAAUUAUUUAUGUUAGCAAGAUUACCAGAUAUAAAUUUCAUUUUAAUUGGUGUGGCUAAUUCUUUAGAUAUGAAAGAUAAAUUUCUAUCAAGAUUAAAUUUAAGACAAGAUUUAUUACCAAAAACGAUCGUUUUUAAUCCUUACUCAGCUGAAGAAAUGUUUCGUAUUAUUAUGGAUAAAAUUAGUACCCUGGAUGAUUGUGUUUUCAAUCCAAUGGCCAUAAAGUUUGCAGUUAAAAAAUGUUCAGGAAAUACAGGUGAUCUGAGAAGAUUAUUAGAUAUCUUAAGGCAUAGUAUUGAAAUUGUCGAAUUAGAAAACUUAAUGGAAAGACGUAAAAAUGGUAAGAAAUACAUAGAGAAUGAUGAUUCUGAAAUUAAAAAAAUCGGUUUACAACAUAUUGCUAAAGUAUUCUCCUCAAUCACCAAUUCUUCUUCAACGAGAUCAAGGAUUAAUAAAAUUAACAUGCAACAAAAAGUUAUUUUAUGCAGUUUGGUUCAAAGAGAAAAGACUGACAUCUUCCAAAGUAGUUGUAACUUGGAUGAUGCAUUCAGUUAUUACGUAAAGCUACUUAAUAACAAAGAUGUAUUCAAACCAUUGAACAGAAACGAAUUCCUCGAGGUUUGCAACGCUUUAGAGACAUGUGGUCUUGUUGAGAUCAGUAAUGGUAGAUCAACAGGUAAAACUAGACAUGUUGUUAAACUUAUUAAAACAACAGUAGAUGAGAAAGAGUUCACACAAGAGAUCAGCAAGACUGAACUUCUUAAGCACUUCCUUAUUUUGUAA